AUGUCCACCCCACUCUCCAUCUUCAACAUCCCCUCCGAUCUCACCAAGAAGCUUCCCACCCGUGAAAAAAUCAACGAGAUUUACCCGCAGAUUCCCUCACUCAUCGAAUUGGCCCGCACUUGGUACAGGGAAUCGUAUGAAGGUGCGAACGAGCGGACAAGGGCAGCUCGGGAGGAUUCCCUACGAAAGGUUGUGGGUUGGUACCUACGUUGCGCGCAAGUCCUGCAACACGAUCCUGACUUUUCAGUAACGCCCGAGAUGGAGCGGAUUACCAACGAGGUCCUUGUAACGGAGCAGGGGGAUUUUAAUUGGGAAGUUCUCGAGGAGCCAUCGCCCGAGCAGGAGCAAGAGGAGGAAGUUGAGGAGGAUGACUUCAGUGAUCUAUUAGGCGGCUGGGGAGUGAACGCGGAUGGGCCAGCGGCCGGAGAGAAAAGCAAACAGAAGGAGGUUGUGGAGGAAGUUGCGAAAAAGCGGAGUAGAGGGCACAAGCGUAAGGCGGAUGCAGGGGAUGAUGGAGACAUGGAGGCUGAGGUUGUGGAAGUACCAGGGCCGAAGGAGCAGAGGAAGAAGGCGAAGGUGCAGGGAGAGAACAAGGAUGUCGAGAUGGACGACCCCGAUUAUGACUUUGGGACAAUGGGAGUUACGGCCACUGAACCCACCCCCCGCCAUCGCACUCCUUGCAAGCAGUGCGAGAUCGCCAACUUGGAUUGCGUUGUCGCAAUAGGUCUCAAAGGCAACGUGUGCGUCAAGUGCCGUUCAAGGAAGAUCGGCUGUAGCUUUGUCAACACCCCCGGUGCGUCUGCCAAUCGACUUACCUCCAAUCCGAUGCCCAAGAAGAUGACGUCGAAAAAACCCUGUGAACUGACUCCCCCCAUCGUCCUCGUCACUGCUCCGCCGAAGCAAAGUGCGAGGCCAGCGGGCAAAGAAAUCGAGGCCAAAGAUGCGCGCCCUCGUCCUCGUGCCACCAAACCACCCGCGAAGACUGAGGCUGUCACCCAGAGUGGGGGCUCUCGACCACCCCCCGCCAAGGACGAUGCCCGCGGUCUCAUUCAUCCAGAGAAGACAACGGUAUAUGCGAAUUCGCGCUACACGGGACCGAACCAAAUCCCUGAGAAGUCCGUAGCAGAGGUAAUCGUCCCAGAGUCUGCAAAGGAACCAAAGGUGGCUAUUCGGGUGACGCGGGCCUCAAGUCGCCAGACGUCCGAACCUGAGGUUAGCGUCACAAAGGGGAGGGUAAGGGAUGGGAGUGUACGACCAGGCCACGACGGUGAAACAGCCAGGGCUACAUUUGCGGAGCUUAGGGAAGACUCCCAUACGCCCAUCGACCUCCAGGAUCCAUUCACCCGUCGUCUCGACAGCAUCUCGACAUCCGUCCGCCAGCAAGGCGUUGAUCUGGGCAAAAUGUCCAAUAAGGUCCGCGAGACGUCCGCCCGAGUCGAGGCCAUGUCCGCCAUCGCGAUCCGGCAGAAGGACCAGGAGAUGGAAGAGUUGAAGAAGGAACUCGAGAUGCAGAGGUCGAUGUUGGAGGACCUUGAGGAGAGUCAAAAGGUCUUGAUGGAAUCGUUCGCCGCACGCGCCCCGAGUGAGGAUCCCGUCUCUUCACAGGUGCUGGACGAACUCCGUGAAAAGGUUGAAGGAAUGGUAACCCAGCAGCAGAUGAGGUCCUUGUCCGAGGGCCUGAAAACCCGGAUUCAGAACUUUAUCCAGGGGGUGAACGACAACCUUCGACUAAACAACGCGGAUGGAAUCUCGAGGUUACCGGACGAACUGGAUAUCCUGGGUGGGAGGGUCGCUGGGAUCGAAGAAGACAUUCGAAACGUACGCCGUGGAAAGGAGUUCAUUGAGGAAAGAUUGGGGAAGCUAGAGGGGCUCUGCCUCAAUGUGAUGACCAAUGAGUUCUUGAGGCACCCGGAUGAUGGUUUGGACAAGCGGAUGAGAGUUGAACGGGCGGUGGGAUGGGACAGGGUAGUCGACGACGACGCGGUUCGGAAGGAGGUGCAGAGGGCUAAGGACGUGAAAGGGGGUUUGAGCGAAGUCCACGGGUCCGUGGGUGCUACAGACCUGACUACCAUCUCCCUGGGCGACGUCCAUCCACGGCCAUCGACUCCUUCCAACGACGCUCUGCACGGCCUAGUCCCCUCCAUCGAUGACGGACGUUACAUUUUCAAUGCAGUUGACCGCUCUCCAGUUGACCGGGCCAAGACGUUGGAUUAG